AUGUUGAGGAUUAUGUUAAACAGCAUAAUGUGCACGAAAUUCUCAGGGACUGCGUUGUUAACUUGUGCCUACAUCGUCCUAGUAAUCCAAUUGCAUUUCUCCAUUUGUAAUGGAAAAUGUAGUGCAGCAUCAACUAGUCAUGUAACUGGGUUCGCUUUUCAUAAACACUCAGAACGCAAUGAAAAUUCACACACAUUUCCUAUAUCAAAUACCUCCAGUCGCCCUUUCCAAAAUGAAGUUAAAAGUCAUGGGAGUGGUUGCUUUGGUGUUAUUAUUCCCUCCGUAAGCUCUCAAAAUUGUGGGCAAUCUUCAGAAAUGAAUAACCAUCGAUGCUCCUGUGAUACAGAUAAUCUUAUUCCUAACACUCUUGAAAAAAGUGUGACCGAAACUCCUUUGAAAGUUGAUAGUAGUUACGAAUCCAAUAAUAUGAACGAGGAUGGAAGUAGUUAUGAUGGAGGAAAUAGUGGGGGAACGAGAGGCUUGUUAGCUGUAUCACCUUCCGGAGUUAGUUUAACUAGACGUCGAUCUCGAAGAGGAGCAGUUAGUGGUGAAGUUUAUACAGAAGAAGAUGCUGCAUCUUACGUUAAGAAGGUUGUACCGAAGGACUAUAAAACGAUGACAGCUCUUUCAAAGGCUAUCGCCAAAAAUGUCCUAUUUUCUCAUUUAGAUGAGACGGAAAGGAGUGAUAUAUUUGAUGCCAUGUUCCCUGUACAUCGUAAUUCAGGCGAUGUGAUUAUUCAGCAAGGAGAUGAAGGUGAUAAUUUCUACAUAAUCGACCAGGGUGAGGUUGAUAUCUUCCUCAAUAAUGAGUAUAGUAGUACAAUCGGGGAAGGAGGUAGUUUCGGUGAACUAGCUCUCAUCUACGGUACGCCUAGAGCAGCUACGGUUAGAGCGAAAACGGAAGUUAAAUUAUGGGGUAUUGAUCGAGAUUCUUACAGAAGAAUAUUGAUGGGGAGUACUAUUCGUCGUCGAAAAGUGUAUCAGGAAUUCCUAUGUCGUGUACCUAUUUUAGAUAAUCUUGACAAAUGGGAACGAUUAACUGUAGCAGAUGCUCUCGAACCAGUCCGUUUCGAAGAUGGUGAAGUUGUUGUACGUCAAGGUGAACAUGGUGAUGACUUCUUUAUUAUUACAGAGGGUACAGCUGCUGUUUUGCAAAGGCCGUCUGAAUCGGGUGAACAAGUUGAAGUCGGUAAAUUAAGACCAUCAGACUAUUUUGGUGAGAUUGCUUUACUGCUUGAUCGACCACGUGCAGCAACUGUUGUUGCCCAAGGUACUCUACGUUGCGUGAAACUUGACCGCAAACGAUUUGAGCGUGUCAUGGGUCCGUGUUCAGAUAUUUUGAAACGCAACAUAGCUAAAUAUAAUAGCUACAUUUCUUUGAGUGUAUGA